GAGGCCCCUGGACGGCUGCAUUGCUUCUUGUAAUUGCUACCACAUCGUACUUGCAGUAACCUGGUACAGGAAUGCGAGAGUCGGCACCAUCACCGGGCAAGAUACAUGUAAUAGCUCUGCCCACCAUCGACCGAAGUACGACCGCUUAUCGAUUGUGUUCUGACCAGCUCCACGACUGUGACGUGGGGCACUGAAGCUGCUCCUCAGAUAGCCUCCAGUAUUCACUGCGAAUCGUACAAAGAGCCUGCAAGGAGCUCGACGCUCCGCAGCUCCUGGCAAGCACGCCUUCCGCAGCUUCUGCCUAGCAACCUCUCCUUCUCGAAGCACCGGUGUCAUCAAGCAUCAGCAUAGGUGUCUGCCCAGGAUGGCAGAGGUGCAUCUAACACCGCCAGCGAUGCCUACGGGCAAGAAGCGCAUAGCGAUCUUGACUUCUGGAGGCGACUCUCCAGGUAUGAGUGCGGCUGUCAGAGCAGUUGUGCGCCAGACACUGGCGUCAGAAUGUACAGCAUAUGCGGUUUAUGAGGGCUACCAAGGUCUGGUGGACGGCGGGAACAUGAUCAAGGAAAUGAGCUGGGAAGAUGUACGGGGGUGGAUCUCUGAAGGCGGCACAUUGAUCGGUACAGCACGAUGUAAGGCGUUCAUGGAGCGAGCGGGCAGGCUGACAGCCGCAAACAACAUGAUUGAGAAGGGCAUCGAUGCACUAGUAGUGUGCGGUGGUGACGGCAGCUUGACUGGAGCAGACAAAUUCCGAGCAGAGUGGCCGAGCCUGAUGGACGAGCUCGUGUCAACAGGCAAGAGGACGAAAGAGGAGGUCAAGUCUCAUAGACACCUGAAUAUCGUGGGCUUGGUGGGCUCGAUUGACAAUGAUCUUAGCGGCACAGAUGCGACGAUAGGGUGCUACAGCUCGCUACAGCGAAUAUGUCAAGCAAUUGAUUACAUCGAUGCGACGGCCUUUUCACAUCAGCGCGCUUUCGUUAUCGAGGUCAUGGGCAGACACUGUGGUUGGCUGGCUCUCAUGGCUGGCGUAAGCUGUGGAGCGGACUUUAUUUUCAUCCCAGAAAAGCCACCGAGCGAGAAUUGGGAGGCAGAGAUGUUUAGUAUCGUGAAGAAACACCGUGAGAUGGGCAAGCGGAAGACAAUCAUUGUGGUGGCAGAAGGAGCGCAUGACAGACAACUCAACCCUGUCACGGCCGGCAUGGUGAAAGACUUGCUGUCGCAGAAAGUAGGACUUGAUACGAGAGUCACUACGCUUGGACAUGUGCAACGUGGUGGUCCACCCUGCUGCUAUGAUCGCAUGCUUGCAACGCUGCAAGGUGUGGAGGCGGUCAAUGCUGUGUUGGAAAGCACGCCAGAGACACCAUCCCCAGUCAUCUGCAUAGUGGAGAACAAGAUCGUGCGCAAGCCGCUCCUGGACGCAAUCGCAAAAACCAAGGAGGUUGCCGCCAACAUCGAGAAGCGUGACUUUGCUGCUGCUAUGAGGGGCAGGGACGCGGAGUUCGAAGAGUUUCUCGAGGCCUUCAACAUCACGACGGCAACUGACAAAGCAGAGAACAUGCUGCUACCUAAAGAGAAGCGCAUGCGCGUAGGCAUCAUCCAUGUCGGCGCACCAGCAGGUGGCAUGAACGCAGCGACGAGAGCUGCGGUCGCAUAUUGUCUGGUUAAGGGCCACACACCUGUAGCGCUAUACAACGGCUUUCCCGGUCUUUGCCGACACCACGAUGACAAGCCGCUUGGUAGUGUCAGGGAGCUCGACUGGCUUGAUGCAGAAAGCUGGGCUUCGCGUGGUGGCUCCGAGAUUGGCACGAACCGUGGCCUGCCGUCUGAAGACAUGGAGAAGACGGCGUACUGCUUCGACAAGUACAAGAUUGAUGCUCUUUUCGUAGUCGGCGGGUUCGAGGCCUUCACGGCGGUGUCAGAGCUUCGGAAAGCACGAAGGGAUUUCGACGCCUUCAAGAUACCAAUGGUCGUCCUACCAGCCACGGUCUCCAACAACGUCCCGGGCACAGAAUACAGCAUCGGCUCCGACACGUGCCUUAACGCCCUCAUCGACUACUGUGAUGCCAUCAAGCAGUCUGCUAGCGCCAGUCGGCGGCGGGUGUUCGUAGUCGAGACCCAAGGAGGUGCCUCAGGGUAUAUAGCCACCAUUGCCGGCCUCAGCAUUGGCGCGGUUGCGGUCUAUACGCCCGAGGAAGGCAUUCACCUGAACAUGCUUGUGGAGGACAUCAAGUUCCUCAAGGACCAGUUCGCUCAAGACAAGGGCCAUGCGAGGUCCGGUAAGAUCAUCCUUCGCAAUGAGAAGGCCAGCAGCACUUACACGACCGAGGUGGUCGCCAACAUCAUCAAGGAGGAGUCGGGCGGUCGCUUUGACUCUCGCUUUGCCGUGCCUGGCCAUGUCCAACAAGGCGGCACACCCUCGCCAAUGGACCGCGUGCGUGCCGUCCGUUUCGGCGUGAAGUCGCUCCAGUAUCUGGAAAGCUUCUAUGGUAAGAGCAAAGACGAGAUCGCAAACGAUCCGAUGAGCGCGAGUGUUAUUGGCAUUCGUGGCGCACGGGUCAAAUUCUCAGCCAUGGAGAAGAUCGAGAAGGACGAGACCGAUUGGAAGGAUCGGAGACCCAAGGAUGAGUUCUGGAUGGGCCUGAUAGAUGUGGUUGACACUCUAAGCGGCAGGCCCAAGGCUUGCAGGACACCCAUGCCCGGCAGUCCUGCGGUCACUGGCAGCCCAGUGGCCCUUGGUAAUGGUUCCGCGAAGAGUAAUGGGGUGGCGAACUAGGUGUUGACGUGAUGUGAUGAUGAUGACGGACAGCGUUCGGCUUUCGGCGGAGCGUGAAGCGUGGUGUAAGGUGCAAGUCCUGUCUACUCCAGUAUCUUGAAGCUCAAAAACUCCUCUUGUUGCACAUCUCUCCACUGUAAUGCUGGCUUCGUGAAAUGCGCCAGGCGUCUCGCUAACCGAUCUCGAAUGCUCACGUCUUUUCCAGCUUGUGACACCGAAUCCCAAGGUCAUUGUGAGUAUACCAGCUGCCGAGAGUCCUGUAGGAGCUUGUGAAAUGUUCAUGAACCGUGAACGCUUCACAGUAUGCCGUCAUGCUCGCCCGGUAACCGUUUCACACGUUUUUGCUCCCAAUUAUCAAGGUCUUUGGCGGCCAAUUUCUAUCACUUUGUCAGCUUCGACCAGGUACACCUCCUCGCGAUGUUGCUGCC